GGCAAUCAAUAUAUAUAGAGGGUAUAAUAGACAGAAAAGACCAGAAACUUUUUUUUUUACUCAGUCUCUUUCCAGAGGGAAAAGAAAGGAACAGAAGGCUAGCCAAAGAGGAUCCCUGACAAGGAUAGCAGUAAAAAGAAGAUGUUGCGAUUUUCAGUGCUCCUGUUCCUCGCUGUCUUAAUGUCCAGCACUGGACAGAGACAAAGAUGUCUGAGAGGGGCUGGUCACAAGCCAAGGCCUACCCAAGAAAAAUACUUGCAGGAAUGUACCCUAUAUGCCAAAUCCGCCUGUUGCUAUCCAAACAUUACAGAACAACUGGCCGAUUCACCAGUCGUUAAAAUAAAUACUACCUUCUGGAACAGAUGUGGAAAUCUUAGCCCAGAGUGUGAAGCUUACAUGAAGAAAAUAGAGUGCUUUUAUAGGUGCUCACCAUAUAUUGCUUACUGGGCUCGUCCCAGACAACCAGCUGCUAUUUCUUCUGUUCCCAUAUGCAAAAGAUUCUGUGAUAACUGGUAUGAAGCUUGUAAAAGUGAUCACACUUGUGUUAGCAACUCGUUGACCGAUUGGAAAAUUGAUGAAAAAGGAGAGAAUCACUGUAAGAAUGACUGCAUCCCAAUCAGUGAGAUGUAUGCCAGUGGAACUCAUAUGUGCGAAAAAAUGUGGGGUGCUUCACUGAAGGUGGCUUACCGCUCCCCCUGCCUCUGCCUUGAGAUGGAUGAAAUGGAUCCCGAGGUAAUCAAGUUCAUUCAGUAUAGAUCCUCCAGCAGUAGCAGCAGCAGCAGUAGCAGCGACAACAACGAUGAAGAAAGAUUCUGCCGUCUCAGGAUGCAAAUGAGAAGAGAGCUGGAGGACAAGUAUAAAAGCCUGGAAAAUAAUGAGUUACCCAUUGAUGACAUAUGAAUGAAUCUUCAUCUGACAAAUAUCCUAUCUGAAGACCGCCAGGAAUCAGGCAGCGUCUAUUUCAGCAUACGCUUGCUCCGGCACCAAAGUAAAAGUAGAAGCUACGCAAAUUGCUGAUUUCCAAUGUUCUACUAAAGACCAAUAAAUAAAUAAAUAAUGGCUAAAUAUCCAA